UAUAGUAAAGCUAAUCAAAAAACAGAUGAUGAUUCUGAUGAUGAUUCUGAUGAUAUUAAUCUGUUCUUUGAUGCUAAGGAUAUUGUUGGCACAAGCGAUCAAAGGAAGAAUGGUGCCAAGAUUAACAAACCAUUACCAUCUUCUAAAGCAACUAACCAUAACCCAUUACCACCAUCUUCACAUUCUACAAAAAGUAAUCGGAGAAACAGUGGCCCUCCAGUUCAAAUAGUUCCACCAAUACCAGUACCACAAAAACAAACUCAGGUUAUUACAACAAAUGAAAUAGAAUUGAGCAGCCAUCAAAUUAUUUUAAUGAAGAAAAGUGCAUUUGUUGCCAACUGUCAUUUAUGUAAGGUUACAAUUGACGAAAAGAAACAGAUUGUUAUUUUUGCAGGUACCCAAGAAGAUAUUGAUACUACGAAAGUUGAAAUGUAUGAAAAAUUGGGUAGUAUUUCUGAAAAAUCUUGCAUUAUUGCGAAACCAUUUUGCAGUCUGUUGAGAUCUGCAAAAGGAGAAAUGUAUCUUGAAUCAAUCUUUGGAGCUGAAGAUUCCGUUAUGGGUUACGUCAACAAUGAUGGUCUGUUAGUUUGUGCAGGGUUCGGAGAGGAUUCAACCCAAAAGUUUCUUGGGAUUUGUAAAAAUCUACUGUUGACCAACAGAAUUGUUUAUAAAAACUCAUACAGGCAUUUUCUUAAGAGUAGUAAAUGGGAAAAUGUCAGGAAAGUCAUUGAGAACGACUAUUUAGUUCAAGUACAUAUCGAAGAUGAUAAGAUGAUUGUUAUAGAUGGUUUGAACGGAGACGUGUCUGUGGCGACCCGAGAAUUAAAAACAAUACUUGAGAAAAACGAACACCAUGUUAAGACAUUGAAUUUUGAAGGUGCCAAGUCUCGUUGUAUGCAGCGAUAUUUUCAACCACAGAUCAAUUCUAUAAGACAAAGUAUGAGGGAAGGUGAUGGUUAUAUUGAAGAUGAAUCAAAUGAUGCUUGUUUUAAGCUUGUAUUAUCAGGCCCACCAAAUGUAGUUCAACAAGUUGAGGGUAAACUGAGGGAGCUAGAGAAAAAGGUGUGGCACUGUAAACUCAUAUUUAAAAGAGACAUCGUAACAGGCAGAGAAUUAAAUACAUUGGUAAAUGGUCUAAAGAAUACAAAUCAGAAACGAUUAAAGUCAACAUUUGAAGAAGAAAAUAAAUGCUGUUUAGAAUUCCUGAAUUUAAAACCAGAACAAAGGAAUUCAUUUAGGAGCAUGAGAACAUUUUCCCCUACUAAAGAUACACCUAGAGAAUAUCUACCAAGAAGAGCUGGUCGUGGAACUAGAUGGAAGUCUGCUACUGCUAGGGUAACUACGAUGCGCUCAUUUUCAAAGCCUAAGAUACAAAGUGUCACCUUUAACCAGGCAACUAUUAAGGUGAAACAAGGAGAUAUAACGAAAGAAAAGGCUGACAUUCUAGUGAAUGUAUUAAGUCCAACCGUAAAUUUAAAGCAUACAGCAGUUGGUCAAGCAUUUUCUAAAACUGGUGGUGUUGAGUGGGCUAAGGGUUUAGAAAUAGAGAAAGGUAAACUAGGUUUGGUUGGUGAUAUUAAUUUACCGCCUGGUUCAGUUAUAAAGACGGCAUCCGGCGGACAUCUUGGUUGUAAACAAGUUCAGCAUAUGAUAUUAGACAAAUGGAAGGGACCAGCUACCACAAAAGAUUUGGUGACAGCUAUUGGACAAGUUUUACUGUCGGCCGCACGGGAUAAGAUGACCUCUGUAGCAUUCCCUGCUCUUGGUUGCGGUAAAUUAUUCAAAUUCCCUGCAGACCAAAUGGCCGUGAUCGCUCUUAAUGUCUUACAACAGGAGAUACCCAAAUACCCAACAAUACAGACAAUAACGUUUGUCAUCUAUGAUGAUGAUGUUUAUGUAGAAUUUUUGAGGAAACUUAAAAAAUAUUCUCCAGAUGGCAAUGGAGCUGUUGGUGGAACCGUGGAUGAUUCUGAUUCCGAUGAUGUGGAUAUUAAUGAUUCGGAUUCGAAUGAUUCAGAUGAUUCAGAUGAAUUUUUCAACUAUAUUAAAGCAACAAAUGAUGCAGGAGAACUGGAGGUACAAGGAUCGGCAGAUGCUGGUAUACAGAUUUAUGCUGCUAACAAAGAUAUAUGUGAUCGAGCCAAACAAAACUUGAAGAAGUUUCUGAAAGACAAUUAUCUUUACGAAGACUGUGUUAAAAAUGAAACAAUCACACGUCUGAAUCGUAGAAUACAUGAAGAAAUGAAGAAGAUAGCAGACAGAUUAAACGUGGAUAUUAAAAUACCUAAUAUAGAACAUCUAAAACAUGAUCAGAGAAAGGGUAGAUUUAUUGUUCCUCAGAUUCAACUACAAGGUGAAUCCUACAGUGUUGUGAAAGUGAAAGUAGCAUUGCAGGAACUGCUUAUGGUUGAAAUGAAGAAAUCCCAUAAGUACUUUGAUAGAAGUGGGGAAAGUGGUGUACCUAAACGUGGAACGAUGGAAUUUCUUCUUCACAUGGCAGGAGCGGAAAAUCCUUCACCCCCGUCUUACUGGCGACAUUCAAAAACAAGACUUUCAAAUUUUAAAGAAAUUAUAGGAGCUGGCAGUAAAUUAGUAUCAAUUAAACCCUCCAGUUCACUCUAUUCUUGCAUUGUUGACCUUGUAAAUAAAACGUGGAGGCCAGACUUAGUGGGACACGGAAAAGAUGCUGUGAAUCUUUCACAUAAAAAUAUUCAAGUUGCAAAGAUUGAACGUGUUGAAAACCUUUAUCUUUAUCGUAAAUAUUAUGAUCGAAGAAAGGAAUUAUUUGCAGAAGCCGUUAAAAAUAAGUCAUCUUGUGUGAAUAUUGACAAGAUUCCAGGAAGUAAAGGACCUGUUCUCACAACAAAACUAAGCGGGGCUGAACUCAAACAUAACGAUUUGUACCCAGAGAUAAAUGAACAUUAUGUUUUUCAUGGAACCUCAAAAGAGGUGAUAGAUACUAUACAUACGGAAGGUUUUGAUCAUCGAAUUGGCAAUGAAGGCGGACUGUUUGGAAUGGCUUUGUAUAUGGCUGAAAGCCCGACCAAAGCUGACCAAUACGCUGAUCCUAAAACUCAUCGAAGUGGUGGUGAGAAGAAGAUGUUACUUUGUCGAAUAUUGUUGGGUAAUGCUUAUCUGUGCUCACAGAAAAACCCUAGUAAAUACAAGAAACCGCCAUGCAAAGAUUUACAUCAUUUAGAACCAAAUUGUACUAAGCAUCAUGGAUUUUUUGACUCGGUUCUGGGAGAUGGACAGUGGAUAUUUCGAGAGUUUGCUGUAUAUGAUGGUAAAAUGGUGUAUCCAGAAUACAUCAUAACCUAUAAACGCAUAUGAUGGUGUUAAAAAUAACACAACGACUUUUCAAAAUAGUUUUAUUUGACCAACCAGAAAAUACUUGAAAGCGCAUUAGGAACUAAAUGUUUAGUAAUCAUGCGCUAUAUAAAUCGCGAUAUUAUUAUUAUUAUUAUUUUAUUUUUAAAUUACGUUUUGAAUUUGAAUCUGUGAAAUGAGUAGUAAGUUUAUGUUUUUAUCUUCAUCCGGAUGAUAUUCUGUGUUUAAAGAUGCAUUAUGUAGGAUUUAGAUAAAGAGCUGGCCAUUCUUGUUAUAAUAGAUAAUCAAAAUGAAUAUAUUAAAAUAUUCAUUCAAAUUACUUUAUUCUAAACAAAGUUAUCACUGUUUGACAAAAUGUGGCAUAGGUUGUUUGUUAUCACAACAACGGUACCAGAUUUAGCUCUUGCAUUAUACAUGUACUUGUAUAUAAUGCAUCUUUAAUAGUUUAUGGCAUAAAAAUAAAAAUAGUAAACAACCAGGUUGCUGCUUUGCCUGUCAAGGUUAAAAUCUGAUUUACUUUAAAUUCAUACACAGUGUUUAAGGUCAUGAGACAAAGAAGCCUAUUGAUUUUCAGCGAUUUCCGAUAAUUACUGCCAGAGUUAUGGCCCUUGAUCACAUCAAAAAAUCUUGUGGACACUCCAGAGGUCAAAGUUAAAAUCUGAUUUACUUUAAAUUUAUACACAGUGUUUAAGGUCAUAAGGCAAAGAAGCCUAU